AUGUCCUACUCACUCGUCUUUCCCAGCCAAUCGGAGGAUCUCGAAGCUCUCCUUGAGAAAGUGUUAACCGAGCGCUACGGGUUACCUUCGAGCGGCCCAUCACAAGGCCGAAAGCGUCACCUAUCCACAUCCGGCACCAGCCCGGUCACCAAAGUCAUGCGUCCCAAGAUGGAUGUGGUUGAAAAAGACGAUGCCUUCAUCGUCUCGGCUGAACUUCCAGGUGUCCGCAAAGAGGACAUCUCCCUUGAGCUGCACAAAGGCCGAUUAUCGAUCUCCGGGCAAGCCAAGUCUUCUGCCGAUCAUUCCAGCGGUAGUGUUCGAGUAUCUGAACGCACAUUUGGAAGUUUCACUCGAACCAUUGCUGUUCCCGCCUCGGUCAGCCACGACCAAAUCAACGCAUCCUUCAAGGAGGGCGUACUUGAAGUCACUGUCCCCAAGGUCAAGAACACAGAGGCCAAGAGCAUCUCAAUCAACUAA